GAACAUUGUUAGUGAGUUUGUUUUGUCUUCACGCGGCGUACACCAGAGCGCAGAAGAAUGGGUCUCCGGAGUAAGCUGCUGAAGAUCACCCUGGUGCUAAUACUGAUCGCCGUGCUGCCCGGUUUGCCACCGAAAACGGCAUAUCCGUUUCGACCGAUUACCGUCAGUCCACCGCGACCCCUGACGGGAGUGCUGGCCCCGAACCAGCUGCUUAACGGCGCCGAACGGUUGCACGAGGGUGGCCUACUACAACCGGAAAGCGUGCUGGUGCGUGGCAACGCUACCUACGUCUCGGUGUACGGUGGCAAGAUCAUCGAGCUGGGCGACCAUGGUGCGAUACGAACUGUGGCCAAGCUUGGUCCCGAAUGUGUCGGCACAUUCUCGGAGCGAAUUUGUGGACGGCCGCUAGGGAUGGACUUCGACACCAAGGGAAACAAUCUCAUAGUGGCCGAUCCGUACCUAGGCAUCUGGCAGGUGCACAUUAAAACCGGCGAGCUGAAGCUGCUCGUCUCGAAGACGAACGCCAUCAUCGAGGACGGUACCGGAAAGCCCUUCGAAACGGCAACCACCCACCGCACGAUCAUUCGACCUCCGAACAUCCCGAACGGUGUGGCCGUAGCCCGGAACGGUGACUUCUACUGGUCGGAUACGGCAUCCGACUUUAUCUUCGAGGACGCAAUCCAGGCGCUGCUGUGCAAUCCUUCCGGUCGGUUGUUGCACUACUCGCGUGCCACCGGCAAGAACCGUGUCCUGAUCGAUGAGGUUUACGGUGCCAAUGGUGUGGUGCUUAGCCCCGACGAAAGCUUCGUGCUGGUGGGUGAGCUGGGUGGUCAGUUGAUCCGUCGGUACUACCUUAAGGGUGCCAAAGCUGGCACCCACGACGUGUUCAUCGAUGGAUUACCCGGAGCGGUGGAUAACCUAAACGGAGAUGCGACCGGUUUGUGGGCCGGAUUGGUGAUCACCGCCGACAAGAACAAUCCGUCCUUCAUCGGGAUGUUGGCACCGUUCCCGAACCUGCGCCGGUUGCUGGUGCGUCUGUUUGUGCUGGCUGAGGCACCAUUUUGGUUGCUGUACGGUACGACCGGAAGUGAGUUCGCACUCUGGGCAACGCAUCACAUUGGCCAUUUGGGUGGGUUGGUAGGGUUGUUCCCUGACCGUGGGACCGUUCUGCGUCUCGAUUGGGAGGGUAAUAUCGUGCUGGCGCUUCACAACGACGACAAGUCGAGUCACGUCAUCUCGCAGGCGGUUCUACAGGGUAAGGAUCACCUGCUGCUCGGUUCACCCGUCAAUCCGUGGCUUGGCCGUGUUCGGCUCAGCCCGGAAACGAUGGCCGCGCUGCAAGGACAACGUCCUCCGACAAAACCGUCGCAAAAGGACGCUAGUCCGGUGGAAAAGCCCGUUCCGCGGGGUGAGCUAUAAUAUGCUAGACUUAAGGAGGUUUUAGUGGGUCUAAAACAGACAAAAUAAAGAAUAAAAUACAAACCAUCCGACAUAGCUUCCUAAACGUUAAACUCUACGACGACGUGCGAGAGGAACAACCCAAACAGUAACACUCGA